GCUCUUCUCGCCGAUCUUGCUGAGCGCCACGUCCAGGAUCUUGUCGCCUUUUGUAGACAUAGGAACUGCAGGCGGGAGACGGGAGUCAACAAAGGGGAAGGUAGAAAGAUAGACGUUGGAAAACGUAGUUUGAUCAGCAAAGAUAAACUGAUUAGACAGGGUGUGUCGCUAUUCGUUACUGCCCUGUGACCUUUUUUCUCCUCAUGUUACCGUACCGUAUUUGUUUUCCAUCGUUACUGUGUUGUAUCCUACCUUUCCUUUACGCCUCGUCAUUUUAUUUUACCUAUGGCAGCCCAUUUGGUAACCCCUGCAUCCUUCACGAAUAUUUUUCCUAACCGCGCCGAUUUCGCUUUGUUGUCGUAUUUCGUUCUGAGUUCUGUCGCCACCGCCGCCGUGUGAGGUUGUGUACCGCCGCUGUGCUAUCUGCUGCCACCACCGCCACCAAUAUAAUUGAAGUGCUCAUAUAUUCAAGUUUUUUAAGUCAAACCAGAGAGCCGGCCCUAUUUAUUUCAUUUUGAUUUUCAACAUAGUCCUCCGGGCCGGAUGACUUUUUGAUUUCUGUUAAAUUUGCUUCUUUGAUGAUUUGCUGAUUGAUUUUGACUGAUCAAGACUGAGAUUGACUUGUGAAUUGUGUAUAUCAAGAUGGAGAGUGAGGCACAGCUUAAACAGAAAAGGACUGUGGCUCGAGGUAAGGCAACCAGACUGAUGAAAGAGCUUGCCGAAUGUGAUAAUUCUCAAGAGGACGACCUUGCCUUGGCAAUACACCACCUUGAGCAGCACGUUGAUCUGAUGACCGAGAUCCAGUCUUCCUGAAGUUCCUGCAGAAGGAGAUGAGCAUCAGGGAGGAGGCAGCUGCUCGGAGGAAGAGGAUCACCGGUGAGCAGCCACCUACCGCAGUACCUGGGAAGCCGACAGUCAGCAUGCUGAACGUGAGGCAGAAGAAGGGACCUGACUGGGUAUGUCUGGCAUGCGGAACGGGUAAGCAUGGCCUGGCUGCGUGUUCGGCCUACCGCACCAUGACUGUGCCUGUUCGCUGGGAUGUUGUGCGCCGGGCUAAGCUCUGCUACCAGUGUCUUGGUCCCCAUCUGCUGCGUGCUUGCCACAGCACCCGAUGCCCAUGGUGUGGUGGCCCGCACCACUCGUCAUUGCACCCGCCGCCCGGAGAGCAUGCAGCCCUCAUGCCUACUGAGAGAUGUGUACCUGAUCGCGGACCUCUGUCACCCCCUGCCGCUGCUGCUGUGUCUGAGAGUCGCAUGCCUGAUCGCAGACCAUUGCCGCCCCCUGCUGCUGCUGGCUCCGCACGCCCAUGCACAUCCGUCCCUGGUUGGCAGAAAAAGUACCAGCAGCAGCUGCUACGUGCAGACGGCGCUCGUGGAGGUGGCUGGUCCUCGGGGCGUGCGUCUAGUACGCGCGCUGAUUGACGGCGGGGCAGACGCCUCCUUCAUCCGGGCUUCACUGGCUGACCAGCUGGGACUCGAGAAGGUCGGCCAGGGGACCUUCGCGUGUGUCGGAUUCAAGGAAAGAGUUGAGGAGGCUCACCAGUACGACCAAGUAAGCGCGCGGCUCACUGGAUACCAGAAAGGUGAGGCCGAGCUUGUGUUCUGGAGAACUGAUAAGCUGUGUGCGCCCGUGGGAGCUCCACCACCCAUUCAGUCUCUGCCCCCAAGUGUAGAGCUUGCUGAUGACUUCCGUGACGGACCUGUUGAUGUUCUAAUUGGGUGUGAUCAGCUGUACAAGGUGGUGUUGUGGAACCAGGUGGAGGUGAAUCCUGGCCUCCGCCUGGUGGAGACUGUGUUCGGGUAUGUGCUCCACGGACAGUCCCCAGGCCAGCAGACGACCCGGCAGCGGCACGCCUACCGCUGUCAGCUGGUUGACGUCGAGCGAAUGUGGACGCUGGACGCUGUGGGAGUCGCCGCAGAGGAGACCGCCGAGAGAGACCCACCUGUACCGACUUGGAACGCCACCGAGAACAGGUAUGAGAUGGGGCUAGUAUGGAAGUCCGACCAGCGCCCAGUGUCUAACCUGAUGUUAUCGAAGACCCGGACUCACCGUAUGACAGAGAAGUUGAAUGUUGAACAGUUCCAGGAGUACGAUGACCACCUGCAUCAGCUGCUGGAAGACGCUGUCAUCGAGCCCGCGCUACCGAGUCCGCCAUCAGAGUUCAUCUUACCGCACCGAGGACUGCACCGCAACGGCAAACUGCGAGUGGUGUUCGAUGGAUCAGCGCCAGACGGUGCAGGUAUGAGCCUGAACUCCUACCUUGAGCCGGGAGAGAACCUGCUGCAUCGUUUACCAGCUGUGCUACUUAACUUCCGUUCAGGAGCUGUGGGUUGUCAGACGGACAUUCGUGCAGCUUUCCAUCAGAUUGUACUCACUGAGGAGGACCGUCAGUUCGUGCAGCUGCUGUGGGCGGGCCAGCGGCUGAGGUUUCGCAGGGUCCCGUUUGGACUCACCUGUUCGCCCUACAUGUUGCUGUGCACUAUCGCUGAACACGUCCGCCGGUGUCUGCGCGAUGAACCUGUUCUGUUGCAGAAGGUUCAGGAUUCCGUCUACAUGGACGACAUGUGCCCGUCCUUCAGUACGAGGGCGGAGGCAGAGGCCGGACUGACGAAGAUGGGUGACGUCUUCAGCGAGGCCUCCAUGGAUCUUCACAAGACCAGGAUGUCUGGUGACGACACUGAGGACGAGAAGGUGCUCGGCCUACUGUGGAGCACAAGAUCGGAUCGUCUGGCCGUGACCGUGCCACAGGUGACCUGCCCUGGCACCCGGACUGAGCUGCUAUCUGCUGUGAGUAGACCGUUUGAUCCGCUCGGCGUGGUGACGCCGUGGCUGAUCUGGGGGAAGGCCCUGUUUCAGCGUACCUGGCUUGACGCUGAAUGCACAUGGGAUAGUCCCCUGAGUGGGGAGCUGCAGACCGAGGUCCGAGCCUGGUGGAGAGACUCGCCGGGGAGGGUGAUCUGGUUCCCUCGCCUAGCCGGAGCGCGUGACGAUCAGUCCGGAGCGACUUUUCACGUGUUUUGUGACGCGUCUCGGACCGCCUACUGUGCGGUGGUGUAUGUGGUCCAGGGUGGGGAGCCUGCCCUGGUGAUGUCUAAGAGUAGGCUGGCCCCCCUGUCUCCACAUCUAACGAUCCCCAGGCUGGAGCUGAUGGCCGCUGUUGUUGGAGCCAGGUUGAUGGACUUCAUCAAGAACGCGCUGCAUCUGGAGAGCGCAACAGUCACCUACUGGUCCGACUCGACCGACGUGCUUCACUGGCUCAACCGGAGGCGGCCUCUCAAGAUGUUCGUGGAGAACCGGGUGAAGACUGUGCUUCAGUUGACGACCGCCGACCAGUGGAGGUACGUCAGAGGCUCUGAUAACCCCGCUGACAUAGGCACGAGAGGGGUAACGCUGACGUCUCUCAUCGCCUGUGACAAGUGGUGGAAGGGUCCACCAUUUGAUUUGAGUCCGCCCGACUAUGAUGUCUCGUUAGUGCUACUGACGCCUCCCUCAGCAGAAGCCGAAGCAGAGACGAGGCCCGAGGUCAGACGUCAGAUCGUGGCCGUGAGACGAGAGUGUGGCCCUGAUCCGAUUCCAGACGUCAUGCGUGGACCGUUUGAUGUGACUCGGUGUUCUCAUCUCAAGCAGGCAGUGAACCGCACCGCGUGGAUUCUUCGUUUCGCGCACAACGCCAGGCACCAGCGCACUGAGAGGAGGAGUGGAGCGCUGUCACCCGAGGAGCGCCGGGAGGCGCUGCGGUUCUGGAUCCGGGUCUCGCAGAGUGCCGCCUACGCGCCGGAGCUGGAGGCGCUGACGGCUGGCGCGCCGCUGCCACCCAACUCGCGACUCGAGAAGGUCAGACCUCGUCUAAACGCAGAUGGUGUCCUAGAAGCAGUCACGCGAACUCACGAACCUGCUCUGAUCAUUCUGCCUGAGUUUGCCCAUCUGACCACCUUGAUAGUGGAUGAUGCACACCGUAAAUCGUUUCACCAGGGUACCCGCACCACACUGGCACUGCUGUCUGGUGAAUACUGUGUGAGGAGACGAACUGUUCAUCGUGUAGUCAGUACAUGCUUCAGGUGCCGGAGGUACCGAGGUGCGCCGUGUCGGUCAGCUGAUGGCGCGCUGCCCCUGUUCAGGACGGAGCCCAGCCGUCCGUUCAGCCGGGUCGGUGUGGACUUUUUCGGUCCGAUGUACGUCAAGGGCGGCGACAAGGUAUGGGUACUGCUGCUGACCUGUGCCUCGUCGCGAGCUGUGCAUCUCGAACUGUGUAAGACUCAGAAUGUCGCUGACGUCAAGCUGGCUUUGCGCCGCUUCUUUGCGCUACGUGGCACGCCAUCGCUAGUUGUGAGUGACAAUGCCAGAACGUUUCAUGCCCUGCUCGGGCACCUACCUGCAGCUGUGACCUGGCGCUUUGUACCCGAGGCGGCGCCCUGGUGGGGCGGCUUCUGGGAACGUUUGGUCGGGAUAACCAAGAAGUCCCUGCGCAUUACCCUGCACCAGUGUUACCUUACCCAUGAGGAGUUGGCAGUCACCCUGUAUGAGUUGGCCUUACAACUGAACUUCCGACCUCUCACCCCAGGUGACGACGACGUGCUGACGCCCGCGCACCUGUUGUUCGGGGUCACGUCCAUCCGUGGCGUGCUCUCUCCGUCUGGCCACGAGCUGGACAGCCUGAGUCGGCGCUGGCGGCACCAGCGGCUGGUCAGCGAGCACCUGGUUCAGCGAUGGACCAAAGAGUACCUGCAGACUCUACGCACGUGGAGCUUCUCUCGGCGCGGCCGUCCGGUUCGGCUGCCCGAGGUCGGAGAGAUUGUGCUGGUGCACGCGGAAGGUCCGCGUGGUCGCUGGCCUCUGGCGCGCGUGGUGUCCCUCCUGUCUGGAGCGGACGGCCGCGCUCGCGCGGCGAGUAUCGUGCUAAGAGGGCGACUUACCCGCCGCCCGAUUAACAAACUGUUGAGACUAGAGGCGUCUGAGUGAAGUGAGCGUCGGCGAGGCGAAUGCCGAAAAAGUGACUGUGCCGAGUGAGGAGACUUUUCGAAGUGACGGCUCACUUCGAAAGUGGGGAGUAUGUCGCUAUUCGUUACUGCCCUGUGACCUUUUUUCUCCUCAUGUUACCGUACCGUAUUUGUUUUCCAUCGUUACUGUGUUGUAUCCUACCUUUCCUUUACGCCUCGUCAUUUUAUUUUACCUAUGGCAGCCCAUUUGGUAACCCCUGCAUCCUUCACGAAUAUUUUUCCUAACCGCGCCGAUUUCGCUUUGUUGUCGUAUUUCGUUCUGAGUUCUGUCGCCACCGCCGCCGUGUGAGGUUGUGUACCGCCGCUGUGCUAUCUGCUGCCACCACCGCCACCAAUAUAAUUGAAGUGCUCAUAUA